GUUCACCAUUCUGGUUUGUUUCUUCUUCUUCUUUCAGCCGCAAUUCCAAUUCCAAGUCGAACGCGAACGAUUUUAGUUAGUCCGGCCGGGAAAGGUUUGAUAGUUUCCUGGGAUUGAAAUUCAUGGAGUUGGAGUUUGAAUCAAUGUAUGAGAUUAAUCGUACGGCGGAGUUCAUUAUCAGCAAAAGCUUCAGUAGAAUUGCUUUACAGUUUCCGGAUGAGUUGUUAAAGGAAUCAACUAAGGUCGUGAGUGCUCUAAAGAGCAAAACUCGUUUGCUUACUGACAGAGAAGUCAGGUUCUUUGUUAUGGCGGACACAACUUACGGUAGUUGCUGCAUUGAUGAAGUUGGAGCUUUGCAUAUUGACGCAGACUGUGUUGUUCAUUACGGUCAAACAUGUCUAAGCCCGACAUCGGUUCUUCCAGCAUUCUUCGUUUUCGGGAAAGCUUCGAUAAACGUCUCAAGCUGCGUUAAGCAUCUGAUAGAUUCUGCGUCACAGAGCGAUAAGCCUAUUAUGAUUCUUUAUGGACUAGAAUACGCCCAUAUGAUUCCGCAUAUCCGAGAAGAAUUAGGAUUAUCAAAGACUGUACCUCAGUUGAAGUUCUCUGUAGCCAAUGUUUUGUGUUCAUUUAUUAGUCCAUCCAAAGACCCUAGAGAAUCCAUGGAGCAUCCGAGACCAUAUAGUGAUAGCUUAUCCUCAUCUAGAAACUAUAGUCUGGGAGGGCUAACUUGGGACUUGCCAGAAGGAAGCAAAAUCGAGGACUAUCUACUUUUCUGGAUCGGUUCUGACAGUUCAGCGUUCGCCAAUGUAGUACUGACCUUCAAUGGUUGUGACAUAGUCAGAUAUGAUGCUGAAGAAGAUUCUUUGGUGACGGAAUUUUAUCAACAAAGAAGGAUACUUCAGCGACGAUAUUACUUGGUGGAAAAAGCCAAGGAUGCGAAUAUUAUUGGUAUUUUGGUAGGGACCCUUGGUGUUGCUGGUUACCUUCAUAUGAUUCACCAUAUGCAAGCACUCAUAUCUGCAGCUGGCAAAAAAUCUUACAUUCUUGCCAUGGGACGACCUAAUCCGGCCAAACUCGCAAACUUCCCCGAGUGCGAUGUAUUCAUCUACAUCUCAUGUGCCCAAACCGCUCUUUUAGAUAGCAAAGAGUUCAUGUCCCCUGUCAUAACUCCGUUCGAAGCCAAUCUUGCUUUUAGCAGAAGGAGUGAAUGGACUGGUGCAUACCUAAUGCAAUUCCAAGACGUGAUAAACUCUGUAAAAUUACGUGCUUAUCGCGGUUUGGAGAUUAAUAGUGAUAAUACUUCGCCGGAGCCUUACAUAGUCGGGAGAAGCGGGAAGGCGUCAGGAUACAAGCACGAGUAGCAACUCCAAGAAGUUCACUUGUUCACAAAGAAAGAUUUGUGUACUAUUUCAGAAACUAAUUUUUUUUAUUUGUUCUUUUCAAAAAUACGUUCUGCUGGCUUCGUGUUAUAUUGUUAGAUGAGAGAAUGUUGCACACAUGUCAGAGUUAGGUUCGAAAAAAAAACAGAACUGUCUUUUGUUAAUUUUUAUGUUAUUGGCCUCUGA